GAAAAAUUUAAUGGGGACAUGCUGAGGUAUUGAAUGUGUUGUAUUGGAUUAUUGUGAUCUCUGGUGUCUUUAAGUCCUGUGUAUGCUGCAUACUUUGGAGGAUUCGAUUGAGUGUCUGCACACCCUGGUAUACAAUCCAUCCAGGGAUAUCUCCAGGAUACAUCCAGGGAUGAAGGCAAAAGAUGAAAGUGGUGAGAAAAUCCCCAACGCGAUGACAACUGCUGCCGAUCCCAUUGGCGCUGACCUGUGGGGCGUCAACAGACUCUCAAUCGGGUUAGUCUCAGCAAUGGGUCCCUCCCCCUCUCUUCUACAAUUCUACUCGGUAGUUACUCCGUACUCUGCACUAUGUUUCCAACUUCCUCUCCGUCGGGAGUUCAGAUUUCUUCUUGUGGAGAUCUCAAGAAGGCGACCAACGAUGCAGUGCAUUUUGGGUAGUUAUGUGUACUUGAGUCGGGCUCUCGUGCUCCUCACUCAGGUGCCACCGCUGGAUUGCGUUGUCCUGUCUGUGUAUCGCAUUUUUCGAGGGAAGUCAAAACAGAUCCGGCUAUGCCAGAACUAGGUAUAGUAGACUGCGGUAAGCUUGGAUCUGCCGAACUCCUCACACGCGGUCAAGGCGUCUCCGAGGGUCGGAAUGUUUCUUCAGUCCGAACUAUAAACAAUUAUAUAGAUCAAGAGAGAUGGUCGUGAUGCGGUCGGGAUCUUAACCACGGUCAAAUUGUGUAGCAAGUCGAUAUUGUCGCAAGAUCUGUCAACUCCAGUCUAUCGGGGGAUCUGUACUGCGAAAUACACACAGCCCUUGAUUCUGGACUCUACUACGGAGGGAUACCUGGUCAACAUGCUCAAAGGACGGAAUGGAAGGCGUUGGAAGAUACUUGAGUGGAGUGUAGUGUACUGUGG